AUGAACCUACGAAGUCGCCUGACAGGCUCGUGGGUAAACCAAAAGGAGGUGGCACAGGUGCAGCGAUUCGAUCAAUUUCGAACCAUUGACUGGGUCGAGGAUGAGUUGGAUGAGCAGCGCCAGAGGCUUUCCAAAGUCAAGAACUUGAGUGGCACGACUUCUUUCAAAUCAAAAGUGUAUGCUCUGAUGCAGAAUUGGUUGGUGCUUACCGUGAUGGGGAUUAUAAUCGGAGCCAUUGCCCUGUGUCUCAAUAUCAUUACGUCGUGGGCGGCGCUGAUAAGAACGGGUCACUGUCCCAAUAACUUCUACCUUUCGCGAACCCUCUGCUGUUGGUGGCAAAGCGAACAUUGUCCUGACUGGCACUCGUGGACCAGCUUUAGCUUCCUCAAUUAUCUCGUGUACCUUACGGUAUCAAUUUUGUUGGCUUAUAUCGCUGCAAUUCUCGUUAAGAUAUAUGCUCCUCUGGCAGCGGGGCUGGGGAUCUCAGAAAUCAAGUGUAUCGUCUCAGGGUUCGUCAUGGAUGGUUUUUUGGGUUGGAAAACCCUUGUGAUUAAGUCUGUGGGAUUGCCUUUAGCAAUUGCCCUGGGCUUGCUGGUUGGGAAAGAAGGACCUAGUGUACACUACGCCGUUUGCGUGGGCAACGUUGUAGCACAAUACUUUCCUCAAUAUCUCAAGUCUGCUGCCAAGGGUCGUGAAUUCUUGACCGCAACUGCUGCUGCUGGUGUGGCUGUGGCAUUUGGGUCGCCUAUGGGUGGUGUUUUAUUUUCAAUCGAAGAAAUAUCAUCAGUUUUCCAACUUGCGACAAUCUGGAAACUGUACUUUUGUGCUCUCAUUGCCGUGACUACUUUAGCAAUCAUCAAUCCAUUUCGUACCGGUCAGUUGGUGUUGUUUGAAGUGUCAUAUCAUACCAAUUGGCGUUUCUUUGAAAUACCUGUUUACGUACUUAUAGGUGCAUUCGGUGGCGUUUACGGGAUUCUUAUUCUGAAGCUUAACAUUCGAGUUGUGGCAUUUCGCAAAAAGUACUUGGGAAACUACGCAGUACAAGAGGUGGUUUUAUUGGCUCUCUUUACAGCGCUGAUUGCAUACUUUAAUGAGUUUUUGCGUCUUGAUAUGACAGAGGCGAUGCAACUAUUAUUCAAAGAAUGUGAUGAUCGUAAGUUUUCUCACGAUCUUUGCGACCCCAACCUGAAGAAAGUGAAGCUUUUUUUUGGGUUGUUGUUUGCAACAAUUGCUCGUUGUUUCUUAACAAUCAUCACCUAUGGUUGUAAAGUCCCCGCAGGUAUAUUCGUCCCGUCGAUGGCUGCAGGAGCGACAUUUGGAAGGGCACUUGGUAUACUUGUUGAUGCUGUCUAUCAAAACAAUCGUGAUAGCAGUUUGUUCAGUCGUUGUCCGGCCGAAGGUCAUUGCAUCAUUCCUGGAACUUAUGCAUUCUUAGGGGCCGCAGCGGCUCUUCUGGGCAUCACUCAUUUGACCGUCACUGUUGUGGUGAUUAUGUUUGAACUUACUGGUGCCAUCAGGUACAUCAUCCCUACCAUGAUUGUUGUAACAAUUACGAAACUUAUAAAUGACAAGUGGGGUCAUGGUGGUAUUGCCGACCAAAUGAUCAGAUUUAACGGGCUUCCAUGCAUUGACCCUAAAGAGGAUUUUGGGUUCGGCAGCACUACUGUGGAUGCCGCCAUGACACCGGUUAUCGUGACAUUUUCAGCAUCUCGAGACCAAGCAUUGACACUUGGCCAGCUCAGAGCGACUUUAGCAUCCACAAAUUUCCGCGGAUACCCUAUCAUUCACCUGGCCGAAAAUUGUAGAUUAGUGGGGUUUGUGUCUCGACUGGAUCUUGAAAUUAUGUUGGAGAAAGACUACUCCACAGCUGCUGAUGAUGUGGAAUGUAAUUUCGAUCCUAAUACUGAAAGAGCUGAGCUAGCAGACUUCAAAACCUUGAUCAACAAAAGUCCAUUAGCAGUGGCGCUUGGUACCUCGCUUGAGUACGUACUGGACAUAUUUGUGCGUUUGGGGCCUAGGUACGUCCUUAUUGUGAAGGACGGAGCUCUUGUGGGUCUACUAACAAGGAAAGACAUCUUGCGAUACGAAUAUACCUUGCAUCAAAGUACCACGCAAGAUCCUAGAUCUCUGGCAAACAACGACGCAAUUGAUGCUCGCAUAUGGGAUUCUAUGCAACGUGUUUCGACGAAUGUUCGCCGAUUAGUAGGAAGAGUUCUACAUCGGGAUGAAAAUCGAUACGUAGCUAUUUAA